AUGGCAGACCGAGACAUCUACUCAGCGACCUACAGCAAUGUCCCAGUAUAUGAGCUCAAGAUCGGGAACGACCAUGUCAUGCGCCGCCGAUCGGACGACUGGGUCAAUGCCACACACAUCCUCAAGAUCGCCGGCUUUGACAAACCAGCCAGAACACGGAUUCUCGAGCGAGAAGUGCAAAAAGGUGUGCAUGAGAAGAUCCAAGGCGGAUAUGGAAAAUACCAGGGAACAUGGGUGCCUCUGAACGAAGGUCGCCUGCUGGCAGAGAAGCAUGACAUUCUCGACAGCAUAUCCAGGAUCUUCGACUUUGUGCCGGGCGACCGCAGUCCUCCACCUGCUCCAAAACACACCACUGCUGCAUCGAACCGUCCGAAGCCGCCGAAGCAGCCUGCUCCGCCACGAAAAGUCCAUCAACAGCAGCAGCAGCCGCCGCCGCCGCAGUUGCAGAAUAGCUUACCCAGUGACUACGAGACCGCCAGCAUCCCUUACAAUGGUACCGACAGCCGGGAUCCUACUCCGGAGACGGCAUCCUUCAUAGCUGAAGACGACUUCCUACCGAUGUCACAGACUUCCGCAGCAUCUAGGAAGCGAAAGCGGGACUUCGAGGAACUCCCUCAGACUGUCUCCGAAUUGGAGCAUACAAUGUAUGGCGAUGAGUUGCUCGACUACUUUGUGACAGCUGGCGACGAUCCCAUCGGCUCCAAUAUCCUGCCUCCUGAACCACCCCUGAACUUCCACGUCGAUAGGCCCAUUGACAACCUCGGUAACAAUGCCUUACACUGGGCUUGCGCCAUGGGAGAUGUUGUGGUUGCGAGAGACCUUCUCGCGCGAGGCGCCAAUCCCGCGGCCCCAAACAGCAGCUCAGCGGAGACACCAUUGAUUCGAGCUGUACUGUUCACCAACAACUACGACAAGAAGACGUUUCCCAAGAUUGUGGGGAUGCUUGCGCACACAGUGGUGGAGCGGGACACUUACGGAGCGACUGUUUUCCACCAUAUCGCCGAGUCAGCACGGACGCGAAGCAAAUGGAAUUGCGCUCGGUAUUACUGCGAGGUUUUGAUCAACAAGAUGCAAGAAAUGGGCUCGAAUUAUGUUCAAGCACUUCUAACCUCGGUCGACCACAACCACGAUACAGCCGCUCUGUGCGCAAUACGAUAUGGCUGUGUCAAGGUUGCGACUUUUCUGCUUAAUCACUGCCCCGAAGCGGGAGACAUUUCGAACCUCAAGGGUGAAACUGCCAACGAUUACCUGAGAGCGCUUCGGGAGAAGAAAAGCCUCAAGCAACCUGGAUCUUCCCCACCGCGGACGGGAGAGCCUGUCUCAUCCAAACAGUCCCGACGCCAACGUCAGAAGGAGUCGGUGUCUCGAGCAGCAUCCAUGGUCCUGGAUAAGAUCGGGCCGCUGAUGGACGAAGGAGGUGGCAAGCUGGCUGACUUGUACAACAAACAGAUGGCAGAGAAGGACACAGAAAUCGCGGAGGCCAAGCAAGCGUUGACCGAGCUCGAGAACCAGCGCCACAAGAUCCGGCAAGAGACCUUCUCGUUCAUGGCCCGCGCCGAAGACGCCUCCAAGAUCCCGGCUCUGCGUCAGGAAUAUGACAUGUGCCUGAACGAGAUGGAAUCCCUCCUCGAAAACAAAGAGCAUAUCACCCUCCAGACCGAGAUUUUCCUGCAAGAUCAGCUAACCAGUCCCGAAGCUUUCCGCUUCCCCAACAUCCACCCGCUGUCGCCUGAUGAGAUCCACGCCGCCGCACCAUGGGCGGUCGAAUUGAACACCCAACAACAGAUCCGCCGCCUUUGGGUCAAAGAAGUGGCCAAGCUGAUGGGAGACGCAGGUACGGGCGGAAGGGUGGGAAAGCACAGAAGACUGGUUGCUCUUGCCACGGGCCUCAAGGAAGAAGACCUGGAUGCCAUGUCCGAAGAGUUGCUGGAGAGUUUGCAGGGGAAUCAGCCUACUGGAGGAGCACCUCAAACGCCGCCAAAUUAG